AUGGCGACGAAAAGCGGAGGCAUCGACCGUGUUGUAGCGAAAUGCAGAGCAUGUGUCGAGGGAGGGAACUUUUAUGAAGCUCAUCAGAUGUAUAGAACACUUUAUUUCAGGUAUAAGGGACAAAAGAAAUAUACAGAAGCUUUGAAUCUACUGUACAAUGGAUCCUUGACCCUUCUGCAACACAACCAGCAUUCCAGUGGAGCAGACCUAGCCAUGCUGAUGAUUGAAUUACUCAACACGUCCUUGACUCCUGUUACAGAUGACACCAUUGACAAGGUGGUGAAGUUAUUCCGUGCCAUGAACCCAGACUGUCCAGAACGCCACCAUUACAUGGUAUCCUCAAUCAGGUGGUCGACUAAAACAGACAACCAGCGGCACAAACUUGGACACCCUGACUUACACCAAAGGAUUGGAAGACUGUUCUGGGAAGAGAAAAAUUAUGUCCAAGCCAGAUAUCACUUCCUACAUUCUACUGAUGGCAAGGGAUGUGCAACCAUGCUGAUUGAAUAUCAUCUGAUGAAAGGGUACACGUCAGAGGUGGACAUGUUUAUAGCGCAGGCUGUGUUACAAUAUUUGUGUCUCCAGAAUAAAGAAACGGCAAAUGAUGCCUUUCAGACAUACACACAAAACCACCCUCAGGUGAGACGGGGAUCACCUUACGUCCAUCCGUUACUCAACUUCAUAUGGUUCCUGUUGUUAGCACUGGAAGGGGGACACCUUACAGUAUUUACUAUCUUAUGUGAAAAAUAUGAGACGUCUAUAAAGAGAGAUCCUACAUAUAAAGAGUACUUAGACAAAAUUGGACAAGUGUUUUUUGGAGUUCCUCCUCCAAGGGCACCUUCUCAGGGUCUAUUUGGUAACUUGAUCCAGAGUUUGUUUUCUGGAGGGGAGGAUGAUGAAGACAUGAUGCAGGUGUCCUCCUCCAGUUGGGGAAGCAUGGGCAGCAGUAUGACUACUUCGACACGAGAAAUCAACCAAGUGGAACUUGAUUAAAUCAUUCAAGUGGAAUUCAAUGUAGCCUUAAUGAGCAGUAAAGUUGGAGAGAAAAUGUUACUUGUGGAUCGUUUCUAGAACAGUACUGUUUUAGGAUUUGACAAGACAUUACAAAAUCUUUUUACAUUUUCUUGGACUAAGUUUGAAGUUUAAUAUUUAGAAUUUGAAAUAAGUAUUUAUAUAGAAAAUGAUGAAAAGACAGCGUGAUUGAGAUUAAGAAACAACUUUCAAAUGGUACAUUAUUCUAAUUGUAGUCAUUGAGAAUAAAAAAAAUCUUCAAGCUGGAGUAAUAUACCGGUAGUAGGUCCUAGUGUUGUGUAUAUAACAUCUUACAGACUGUCACAGUGAGCAAUAUGUCUACUAGUCCUGGGACAAAUGAUAUAUGCAUGUACUUUUCUAAAUUGUCCCAUUAAGAUUAGGAAAAUUCACAUGCUGAUAAUAUAUAUAUGUGUGUGUGAAGUCCUGUUAAUUAGUUGUUUUGAUAUGUUACUGCUGUCAUUGGUACGCAGCAUCUAAAGUUAUUAGAUCUUAUUAAGAUUCACUUAAAAAGGUGAUAAGAUAAAAUAAACAGCUAACUCACAAAAUUGUAAGAUGUAAGAAAUGAUGUGAAGCUCACAAAUUGAUUUUUUAUCGUUUAAAUAUCUCUGAAUUUGGUCAUGUGAAAAUAGCCUUUAUAAUAAUGUAAUCAUCCAAAAAUGUGGUAAAUGAUUUUCAUGAUUGUUUUGUAUCACAAAUUAUAUAGGGGUCCUCAUUUAAAAAACAGUGUUUGACAUUCUGUUGAGAUGUAAUGAUACAACUUCAGGUAGCUCUAUUGUUAUUUCAUUACCUUUGACAUUGUUAGGGAGGAAGUAUUUCAUGUUCCUUAAUGCAUUACUUCUGUUGGAUUUGUUUAAGUCCUUGUAAAGAAGAUUUUUGUAUCAGAAAGGAGGUCAUUUGUGAUAUCCCUACAGAUAUUGUUAACAAAGUUAAUUAUCUGAUUUUUAUUUUUUUCAUUAUGAUUCUUAUGACUUUGUAAAAAUCACAACACUGAAUUUUCGGUACAAAUUUAUUACAAAUAUACUUGUUGACUUUCAGAAUUUGAUGAAAUCUAUUGUACUACAGGGAAUGGGAACACUUUUUUCUUGUGUCUGAUUAAUGUUAACAAUCUUUAAUAAGUGCCUCCCUAUCUUUGAGGAAGAGCUAUUUAAGUCUCAAAAUGGAAGGAUCUUUCGGAGUAAUUGAUAUUCAAUGUUUGUUCUUUAUGUAUUUUUUGCUAUGUCUGUCAUAAUGUUUGUUUGAUUCAUGUAAUUAUACACUUAAGUUUCUUAAUCUGACAGCUAGUAUUAAUAUUCUUGAUUAAAAAUCUCUGAAUAACUAGAUCUAAAUAAUUAUUACUCCUAUUAUUUGGAGGACAAUGAUCCAGAAAGCAACAUCAACAUCUGGAUCUAAGUCAUCCUUACUAUCUAUAAGUAAAUAAACAUCUGGAUCUAAAUUAUCAGGGGAAAUAUAAAGUUAAUCACAUUGCAGUACAUAAAAAGGGAAGAUUUAUGUCAAAUAAGUUAUCCACGAUUAUCUGAAUUAGUGUAUCUAAUAUUUCAGUGAAAUCUAGUUCAAUUUUACAGCUAUGCAAUAUAGUUUGUACAGUAUCGUAGAAUAGUUUAGGUUGAAACCUCUAUGGCUGGUCCAUAGGCAUAUCUGUCUACGGAACAUUUGUCUGUAUGGAUAAAUGAAAUAUUUGUCCAUCUUACAAGUUUUGUUGUUUGAAAUAUAAGAUAUUUUUCUUUAUUUAGUACUUGUUAAUAGGAGAUACAUAAAGAUAUGUGUCCUUAAAGUGCUUUUUAAAAUCCAGUUUUAUUCACAGUAAAUGACUAAGGGAGACAACUGGUACUUUGUACUAUGACAAAGAUGAAAUGGUUGACAGAAAUUAGUAUAUUUCCAAAAACGCAUUUCAUAUAUGUUCGUUGGAAAUACUAUGAUUCAUUGUGUUCUGCUUUAAUAAGUACAAUAACUAUGUAGUUACAUAUUUAUCAUAUACACCAAGUGAAUUUACACAACACUCAAUUUAACCUUGCUAUAUGAUAUUAAGUAGAAUGAUUCGUAUAAUGAAUAGUUAGAUAUUUUUUCAAAAAAACAUUUAUAAACACUGAAUUUUUCUGAUGGCUGAAACAUAUAAAAUGUUAAAGAAAUUUCAUAAAUAGAUAUUUGGCAGUAGGCAUCAAUGAUAUCGAUAGCAUAAUACUAGAUUUAGAUGUUAUUAUUAUAGACUUCACAUUACCCUGGUGUAUUCAUCAUUGUGUAUUCAUCAAAUACUUCUGAACACUACAGUGAAAAACAUUUAAUUUCUGCAAUGCAAAUUAAAAUUUUAUUUUUUAGUUUUUCGUUAUUCCAGCAUUUCUUCCUUUUAAAUUCAGUCAACCGAAAUAAGAAGGUGAAACAGAGGUUGAAAACAAAACAUUUAACAUUGAAUUAUUAACAAUGUUCUUUUUUGUUGAUGAAUUUUAAUUUUGUAUAGCAAUGAAAACUUAAAUGUGUAAAAAUAUUGGAAUUAAUUGUAGAGAUCAUAUUUCACAAGUAAUCACUUGUACUUUAGUCACAGAUAUAUUUUCAAUUAUUUGAAUGAUUUCAGUAAGAAAGGAAAGAGAUUUUGCAUAAUGUGUUUAGAUCAAGAAAAAAAUUUGAAAAUAAAACCAGUCACAUGUUAUAUAUAGUAUAGUAUAGUAUUCAUUUAAAAAGCCUACAUAAACUGUCCAAAGGUUUGUACUGUUCUACAAAUGUGGGUAACUAAAGUACCACUGCAUUAGUAUUCCAUGGCAGUGUAUUUUCUCAGAUACAUGUAUAUCUACUUAAUCAUCAUCAAAAUAUUAAUUUGGAGCAAAAAUAGCUUUGAAGAGGAUGAAUAGGACUGAACAGAGCGUUAUGAAAUAAUUUUAUAUGAACUCCAUGACUCAGAUAAUAUUUCAUGGUUAGAAUGACUUUGACUAUAAUAGUGUUUGUCUCAGAAAGUCUGUAUGAAAUAUCGCAGUGAAAUGAGACCAUGACUAGAAAACGAAAUUGUAUAACAAGUUAUACUAAGGACUGGUACACUAAUACACUUAUUUUUUUUCAUCUUUUGACUUGUUAUCCUUGAUGGAAGUAGAAACAUAUGUGCAAGUGUGUUAUUGUCUGGUAGGCUAAAGGCAUAGGCUGAUAGGGAGGCAGUACAUCUGUUUCACUCAGCCUACCUUAGGUGCAGAAGAGUAUUCUGUAUCCCCAACACAAGACUAGGGAUAAACUUGAUACUACUGGAAUG